AUGGCUUCAGGUGUGGAAUGCGCUAAGUGCAGCAAAGAAAUUCGGAACGAUGGCAAACACCUGAUUUGUGCGACCUGCAAGAACGCUUUCCAUCUUACUAAAAACUGCGCAGCCGUUUCUGAAUCAACGUUUACCGCCAUGAGUCAAGUGAAGAGAGACAAUUGGAUCUGCAGGUCUUGUCGCAAUAAUGAGAGCCUCUCAGUUCCAAGCCCAGCGCAUUUCAGUGCACCAAAUCCAUCAAAGGAAACUGGCUCCUUAAGGGAAGAACUAGCAUCCAUGAACGCAAAACUUGAAGCCUUACUCUCCCUGAAACAGAGCGUCGACUCCUUGGAAGUGCUCCCCGCCAAGCUUGACGAACUCCUCGCCCUGGGGCCUAUUAUUGAGUGCCUCCAGACGACAGUGAAAGACGUCCAAACAUCGAUUGCUGACUUCUCUGCAAAAUAUAACUCUCUUUUAACGCUAGCAACAUCAAAUAAUCAAACGGUGAAAGCCCUCCAGGCCGAGGUCUCGGAUCUCCAAGCCAAGGUACAGUCCCAAGCAGCAGAGAUCCUAAAAAUACGUACUGAGCAAACUGACAGCGAACAGUACUCGCGUCUUGCUAACAUGGAACUGCACGGGCUGCCGACCUCUCCGGGAGAAAAUCUCGUAGCGUCUAUAGCCGAGCUCGCGAUCAGUCUGAAGGAAGCCUGGAUGGCUGAGCGUGGUGCCCUUCGUUUGCUGAGUCAAACAGGGGGCAUCCCACAGCUUUACUUCAAUGAUAACCUGACCCGAGCGAACAAGGAGCUGUUUUGGCUAGCAAGACAGAAAGGCAAGGCUCAGGGCUACAAAUUCGUAUGGGUGAAAAGGGGAAAAAUAUUUGCCAAGAAGAGGUUCACGGACGACUACGAGUACGAGACUGCGCAGAGGUUGCGCGAGGUCAACGCUCAGCUGCGGGCAGACAACACCCCGGUCGAGUCGAGCCGCGAGCGGAAGGUCAAGUUCCGAGACCCCAUCGACGCCGUCGUCCGCUUCACGCCUGACGACGACGAGUCAGAUGCCGAAGAUGCCGACGACGACCCGGGGCUCGAACCGGAGCCAGCAGACGAAGCACCGACCGCGGCGCCGACAGAGAGCGGAGAAGUCGACGGCCUCUUGACGGCCGCUCCUGCACCGACCGGUGCGGGGAACGAUCCCAGCGGGCUGAGGAACGGUCGGAGCGGUGACGACCUCCAGGAGACUGACGUGGACAGCGGACUCUCCAGCGACUACUGGAGGAGAGGCUCAGGCUCCAGCGAAGCCACCGACGAGGAUAAGAACACAUCAUACAGUUUUGAGUCGGACAGCGAUUCUGUGAGCGAAGAUAUAUCGGAACUUUCGGACGAUCGCGUAAGCAGCACGAACCAAACGAACGGAUUCGAAGAGACACCUGGUGAUGAAUCUCCAGACAGACUCACGGGAAGCCCGGAAUCAGAAUCGUCGCCACACUCCGAAGACCGAGACUCGCGAAGUGCGACCAGCGUGAGUUCCGAACAGCUGACCUCAAACUCAGGGGCGUCAAAGCCAACUCAAAGUGUCUUCAAGAGUCCGUACGACUCAACACAAACUCAAAAGUCGAACGGUACCUCCGCGAAACAAAGUGUUCCAGGUGCCCAAAGUAGAAUUCACCACCGUAGUUUGCUAGGCCAACCCAUCUCCACAGUGGACGUGACAGGGAAUACAGGGGCCAACUCAAGGCCUCACAAGUCGGCAAGACCUAAGACCGCAUCGGGACCUCUUGCUAGGCCUAGGCCGUCUUCAGCAUUGCCCGCGAGAUUCACUGCGUCUCCUCCGUCGUCUGCGACGCAGACCACGAAGCAGAGGCUUCCGGAGUACCGCGGAAACCCUAGGUCUGUUUAUGGACUACCUCGCGACAUGAAGGCUGAACUGCUGAGCAGGAGGCGGCAGCAGAAGCUCCUGCAGGAGGAGAAAGAGCUGGAAGAGAAGAGGGAACGUGAGCUGCGCAAGCAAGAGGCUGAACGUGCAUUCCAGGCUUGGGUCAGCAGGAAGCAAAGUCAACAGAGGGGAAGUCAAUCUACGGACAGUUCUUCGAAAGAAGACGAAGUGGUGAGCCGAGCCGUGGCCCAGGCCGAGUCCCAAGGGGCCUUCGAGGCCUGGCUGGAGCGUAAGCGGCAGCAGCAGCGCGACGAAGAGCUGCGCCGGAGGCUGCGCGACCUCGAGCUGUCGGCCACCGCCAGGCCCAAGGCGAGCAGGGAAGAGGCCCAGGCCGCCUACGUCAGAUGGCUGCGUCGGAAGCGCGAGGAAGAGAGGAAGCGCCGGCUCUCAUCCCGCGGCCCGGACCGGAGGCAGGCCGCCCUGUCGGCCAGGUCUCUGCGGGCGCUGGAACUGUACCUGCAGAGCGACGAGUUCUGCCGCUAUCCCGAGUUGGUCCUCUAGCCCACGUGUGGACGUCACGAAAACCCGUUCUGAGAGUGACAGUAAAGAAGACGUGCAACGUUUUCGAACGAGGCACGCGACCUUUUUGAUUGUUAUUUUUGGUUUAGUCCGUCAAACAAUGAAAUAUUCUCAGAAUGUUCCAACUCACCAACAUCUGCAGUGCUGAAAAAAAGGCACGGGGCUCCAGAGCGUGGCUUUAGAACGUGCAUGCCUUCGAUGUGCCAGUGCUCGAAGAAACUAACCACUCUGCAGCACGAAGCUCGAACGCCUUUGUCCGCAGUGUAGAUAUUGGUAAGUUGCAGUAUACUUUUCAGUAUACUUCUAUGCAUCUGGACUUCAUAACAAUGAAAUCGAGCGCAGACAAA